CAGAUAAAUUGUAGUUGCCAACUUUGACGCUGGAGUGGCGUGUCAGUGCGUAAUCUGUGCCAGUGGAGACUUUCAGCGCGCUUCAGAGCUCCUGCUGAUUUUCCAUAAUGUUUUCACUGAGGACCAUCUCUUGUAGGUAACAUUAACACACCACCUAUUGACUGGCUUGGAGAUGAUCAAGUGGACCGCCUUACUAUGGAUAAUACUAUGGAUAUCACAAAAUGCCCGGGGACAGGGCCUUUGUCCCAACUCUGUACGACAACAGGUAGAUUUCAACAUAAUCUACCAAAACCUCACUUACUACCAAGCAGAAAAACCUAUUCAAAAUAUAGCCAUAAACACAGAAGAUAAACAGAUAUACAUUGGCUCUCAAAAUAUCAUUGAAGGCAUUGAUAGUCACUUGCAGAAAAUUUGGGAGGUGAAGACAGGUCCUAUUGGGAGUCCAGACUGUCAAACUUGUAAGUUGGCUGACGUUGAAAUCGACCCCUCAGACCCAGUGGAUACCGAUAAUGAAGUUUUGCUCAUUGACCCUACUGCAUAUCUGUUUCCCUAUUUAUACGUUUGUGGGAGCACUGAACAUGGGAUAUGCUACAUUAUUGAUUAUUCACAACCACUGGAAAAACCUCAAUGUCUCUACAAACAAUGGCAAAACACACAGUUUAUUUGCCCGGAUUGUGUUGCUAGCCCGCUUGGUACAAGAAUGAUUAUAGUAGAACAAGGUGCCACUUCAUAUUUCUUUGUGGCAAAUACAGUGAAUGAUAAAGUGACGGAAAAGUACCCAAGAAGGUCCAUAUCUGUGCUCAGACCACUUUCUACUGAGGAUGGAUUCGAGCUGGUAAUGAGUGGAUUUACAGUGCUUCCAAAUCUUCGACAAUCGUAUAAAAUUGAUUACAUCUACAGCUUUGCCACUGAGGAUUUUGUCUACUUUCUGUCACUGCAAAGAGAGGAUGCAUCAAAAAGUAACUCGCCUUUCCGAACCCACCUUGGACGGUUACCUGUUGGGAUUCAUGAGGUGUGGAUGUACAGAGAAGUUGUGCUUGAGUGUCGUUAUGUCCCAAAACGAAGGAGGAGAGAGACUGCAAGUAAUGUGGUAUUCAAUGGACUACAAGCUGCAUAUUACGGACAUGUAGGGAAAGAAUUGGCAAAACAACUGGGUUUGGAUGUGGGGGAAAAAGUACUCUAUGGGGUAUUCGCUCCAGUCAGUGAAACAGGACGCAUCGGUAAAGAGUCAAUGCUGUGUGUGUUUUCAUUGAAACAAGCGAACCAGGCCAUAGAGGAGGGAGUGGAGUCGUGCUGCUCCACUGGCACUGAGCAGCUGUCCAGAGGGCUGUGCCACUUCCAGAUGUGUGAAAACUGUCCACAUGAGAACUCUAAUAAUACCUGCACUACAAUGCCGACGAUGGUGUCCAAGCCGUUUUACAGACUGGAUGUGUUUAACAGUGAGAUGAAGAACGUUUUGUUUACCUCUGUUCUGAUCACCAUCCACGAGCAACUCACUCUGGGACACUUUGGGACGUCUGAUGGAAGAAUACUGCAGAUUAUUUUGACAUUGUCCAGUCCCACAGUUUAUGCAAACUAUUCUCUGGGAAGUACUCAAGUCUCAAGAACUGCAGCCGUAUCAGAAGACUCCCUUCUGUUUGUGGUUGGAAACAAGUUGUUCAAGGUGCCCUCCACAGGACCUGGAUGUGCUCACUUUGUCACUUGUGCAAAGUGUCUGACUGCUCCCGUCUUUAUGAACUGUGGCUGGUGUUCAGGAGUCUGCUCCCAAAAACACGAGUGCAGCUCACAGUGGAGCCAAGACUCCUGCCCACCCAUCAUUACAGAGUUUUACCCAAAUGUGGCCCCUGCUGGUGGGGAGACUGAGCUGACACUGUGCGGUUGGGACUUUAUGACGCAGCCUCCUCUCAGCAUCACUGACCAAACCCACAUCAUCACUGUGGGAUUAGGCAGCCCCUGCACCCCCCUGCCCCUACAGAGCAGUAGUACUAAACUGGUAUGCAAGAUCCACAAACACAGCCCUACGGAUAAUGUAAACAUAACUCUACAAGUGCGUGAGACGUCAGGGCCGGGACGAUUCUCAAUACAAGGCCAAACUCAAAUGUCUGGCUUCUCCUUUGUGGUGCCAACUUUAACCGAAGUAACACCAGACUAUGGGCCCAGGUUUGGGGGGACAUUGGUGACACUAAGAGGCAGCUAUUUGAACUGUGGGAACAAGCAGCAAGUUCUUAUUGGAGACAAACCAUGUGACAUCAAAAGUGUAAAGGAUGAAACCGAUUCUACAUCUUUGAUCGUGUGCCAAACAGCGUCUGCGUCGGCUGUAGGAAAAGUCCCUGUCAAAGUGCUCAUUGAUAAUUUUGAAAUAGACAGCUCUAAACAGUUUGACUACAGAGUCAAUCCAACCAUAAUCUCCAUACAACCUCACUGCAGUUUUAAAAGUGGCUCCAAACUCUGGAUCAAAGGCUAUAACCUGACCUCUGCGCACAAAACUGUCAUUCAGUACAACUCGCCCAACCCUUUUCUGCCAAAAUCUUUUCAUCUUCAACAAGUCUGCAGUGGUCCGGUCAAUGCCUCUCAUAUGGAGUGCAUGGCUCCGGCGUUUCCUGAGGAUUUGGUGCAGGAAAAGUCUUACUCCGGUCUUCUGUCGGUUCACAUGGACGGAAAAAGUCAGCUGUGGAGUGGACGAUUCGACUAUCAUCCCGACGCCAAAGUCAUCCCUUUUGAGAGCGAUGACCACGUGUUACAGCUAAAGCCAGGAGACACAGAGGUUUCACUGCAUCAUCACAAACUGAACACUUGUAUGAAGAUCGCCAUGACGAUUGGAGGAGUAGACUGUAACCCUCAGGUUCUGUCUAAUGAGCUCACCUGCAGAAUCCCCAAAGGAGUGGUCAUUCCCACUGAAGGACUGCCAGUCAAAGUAAUUGUGAAUGGAGAUGUGCACGAUGUGGGGACUGUGCUAAUCAAUGAAGGCAACACCAGCACAGUGAUCGCUGGAGUGGUUAUGGGAAUAAUCGCUGCUUUAGUCGUAGGAGCUGGCCUUGCUUUAGCUGUCAUGAUCCAUUUGAAAAAGAAAAAGAGAGCUAAUAUUGAGAAUCGUUUGUCCACAAUGAUUUCUCGGAGCCGGAUGGACAGCAAUUAUGAAUUCUCCCCAACAGGUGACUACAGACGAGUAGACCUGUCCAGUCAAACAUCGGGCUCAGGUAUGGCAUUCCAAGGUUUAUUGUACGCUGCCAGCCACGACCACCUGGCAAUGCCCCUGAUGCCCCGGGACAACAUCUCUAUGGUCAGCCUGAGCUCGGAGCUGCUGGAGGAGGUCAAAGACGUGCUCAUCCCUGCAGAGAUGCUCCGAGUGGAGACCAACCAGAUCAUCGGAAAAGGGCACUUUGGCACAGUCUAUCAUGGAUACUUGAUUGACAGCAGCAAACAGGAGACCCACUGUGCAGUUAAAUCACUGAACAGAAUUUCAGAUCUCAGAGAAGUGGACCAGUUCUUACGGGAGGGAAUAAUAAUGAAAGCCUUCCAUCACCCUAACAUCCUGUCUCUACUGGGCAUCAUGUUGCCUAAAGAAGGGCUCCCCCUGGUGGUGCUGCCUUAUAUGAAACACGGAGAUGUGCGUCACUUCAUCCGCUCAGAGAAAAGGAAUCCCACAGUGAAAGAUCUGAUAGGGUUUGGGCUACAGGUGGCCAAAGGAAUGGAGUAUUUGGCUCAGAAGAAGUUUGUUCACAGAGACCUGGCUGCACGAAAUUGCAUGCUGGACGAAACUUUCACAGUAAAAGUGGCAGACUUUGGCAUGGCAAGAGACAUCUAUGACAAAGAGUACUACAGUAUACAGGAUCACAAGACGGUCAAGUUACCAGUGAAGUGGAUGGCCAUCGAAAGCCUCCAAACACAGAAGUUUACUACCAAAUCGGACGUGUGGUCCUACGGUGUCUUAAUGUGGGAGCUGCUAACCAGAGGUGCCAGCCCGUAUCCAGAUGUCGACCCCUAUGACAUCACGCAUUAUUUGUUAAAGGGACGCAGGCUUCCUCAACCUCAGUUCUGCCCUGAUGCACUAUACACCCUGAUGUUGAUGUGCUGGGACCCUGAGCCCGACCACAGGCCCUCCUUCCACAGCCUGGUGUCAGAGGUGCAGCACAUCCUGUCCUACCUGCAGGGGGAGCACUACAUCAAUCUGAAAGUCACAUAUGUCAACCUGGACCAGCCGAGACCAUACCCCCCCAUGACCGACUCUGCUGAUGAACUGGAGGAGGAUUCAGACAGGGACAAUCCAAGUGAGGACUGAAGACUGUGGAACGACUGGUUUUCAAUUUACAACUAGAGAUUAAUUUAAAGGAGCAUUGUGUAAAUUUAAUGGUGGAUUAGACUGGAAUGUACCACCAUUUAGAUGGGGACAUGUAAAUUGUCUGUUGUUGUGGUUUGGUCAGAUACAAAUAUCAAAAUAAUGCUCUUUAGCACUAAAUGAUCAGGUUAAACUUAUGUGGGUUUUAUUUUUUGGCAUUUCUUAUGAAUAUACCAUCCAUCCAUCCAUUUUCUUCUGCUUAUCCGGGGCCGGGUCGCGGGGGCAGCAGUCUAAGCAGGGACUCCCAGACUUCCCUCACCCCGGACACGUCCUCCAGCUCCUCCGGUGGGACCCCAAGGCGUUCCCAGGCCAGCCGAGAGACAUAGUCCCUCCAGCGUGUCCUGGGUCUUCCCCGGGGCCUCCUCCCGGUGGGACAUGCCCAGAACACCUCCCUAGGGAGGCGUCCAGGAGGCAUCCUGAGCAGAUGCCCGAGCCACCUCAGCUGGUUCCUCUCAACGUGUAGGAGCAGCGGCUCUACUCCGAGCUCCUCCCGUGUGACCGAGCUCCUCACCCUAUCCCUAAGGGUGCGCCCGGCCACUCUGCGGAGGAAGCCCAUUUCAGCCGCUUGUAUCCGCGAUCUUGUCCUUUCGGUCAUUACCCAAAGCUCAUGACCAUAGGUGAGGGUAGGAACGUAGAUUGACCGGUAAAUCGAGAGCUUCGCCUUCCGGCUCAGCUCCUUCUUUACCACAACGGACCGAUACAGCGACCGCAUCACUGCAGACGCUGUACCGAUCCGCCUGUCAAUCUCACGCUCCAUCCUUCCCUCACUCG